AGCCGAUCGAUGAAUCCGAAACCCUUGCAAAGUCUUCGUCGCGGUCUCGUCUUCCGUCCCUUCGCCUGCUCCCGUGCUUGAUCUCGCCGUCGAUGGCGGCUUCCUCCGAGACCAAAGGGGAAGGAACCAUGAGGAAGGCUUUCGGGGGCGUUCUCGGCUUCUUCAUUCUCCUCCUGAUCGGAGCCCUCGCCUUCUCGAUCCGCCUCUUCUCCGUUAUCAAGUACGAGAGCGUGAUUCACGAGUUCGAUCCGUACUUCAACUACAGAGUCACUCAGUUUCUUACAAAGAAUGGAAUAUAUGAUUUCUGGAACUGGUUUGAUGAUCGAACCUGGUAUCCCCUUGGUCGUGUAAUUGGUGGAACUGUUUACCCUGGUUUGACGCUAACAGCAGGUUCCAUAUGGUGGCUGCUGAAUAACCUGAACAUUCCUCUGUCAGUGGAGACCGUCUGUGUAUUCACAGCUCCAAUCUUUUCAGCUAAUGCAUCUUGGGCUACGUACCUUCUCACGAAGGAAGUUAAGGGAACUGGAGCUGGAUUAACUGCUGCAGCCCUAUUGGCACUGGUGCCCUCGUACAUAUCAAGAUCUGUGGCUGGUAGCUAUGACAAUGAAGCUGUUGCAAUAUUUGCCUUAAUAUUCACGUUUUAUCUUUAUACCAAGACUCUGAAUACAGGAUCACUCUUCUAUGCUACCUUAAAUGCUCUGUCAUACUUCUACAUGGUGUGCUCUUGGGGAGGCUAUACAUUCAUCAUUAACCUUAUUCCAAUGCAUGUUUUGCUAUGUAUUGUAACUGGUCGUUACUCUCCACGGUUGUACAUUGCCUAUGCCCCUCUUGUUGUUUUGGGAACACUUCUAGCCUCUUUGGUGCCUGUGGUGGGUUUCAAUGCCGUGAUGACAUCGGAGCAUUUUGCUUCAUUUUUGGUAUUUAUAAUAAUUCAUGUGGUUGCACUUGUUUAUUAUAUCAAAGGAAUUCUAUCUCCCAAGAUGUUUAAAGUGGCUGUGACACUUGUUGUGACGAUUGGCAUUGCUGUUUGUUGUGCAGUGUUGGCUAUUCUUAUAGCACUGGUGGCCUCUAGUCCUACAAAAGGUUGGAGUGGGCGUAGCUUGAGUCUUCUUGAUCCAACUUACGCAAGCAAGUACAUACCCAUCAUUGCUAGUGUUAGUGAACAUCAGCCACCGACAUGGCCUUCUUAUUUCAUGGACAUCAAUGUGUUGGCAUUCUUGGUUCCAGCUGGUAUUGUUGCAUGUUUUUUGCCUCUGUCUGAUGCUAGCUCGUUUAUGGUUCUGUAUAUAACAACAUCAGUAUACUUUUCUGGUGUCAUGGUGCGUCUUAUGCUUGUACUAGCUCCAGCUGCAUGCAUUAUGUCUGGGAUUGCACUUUCUGAAGCCUUUGAUGUCUUCACACGGUCAAUAAAACUUCAGUUGCCUAAAUUAUUUGAAAGUCCUCCUCCUGGUUCAGGGGAUAUUGAUUCCGCUCAAGAUGAAGUUGUAAAGGUGGAUAACAAGGCAGCAACUGAUAAAUCUGAAACUGCUCCAAAAGAAAGACCAUCAAAGAAGAAUAGGAAAAAGGAAAAAGAAAUUGUGGAAACUACUAUUAAAAGGCCUCUAAAGGCAAAAAGACUUCUGGUGCUGCCUUUGGAGGCAUCUGCAGUCGCAAUUCUUCUACUGAUCAUACUUGGUGCUUUUUAUGUGGUUCAUUGUGUAUGGGCAGCAGCAGAAGCUUAUUCUGCCCCAUCAAUUGUUCUAACAUCUCAUUCCCACGAUGGAUUACACGUUUUUGAUGAUUUUCGCGAAGCCUAUGCAUGGUUGAGGCAUAAUACUGAUGUCGAUGAUAAGGUUGCCUCUUGGUGGGACUAUGGUUACCAAACAACCGCAAUGGCAAAUCGUACUGUCAUUGUUGAUAAUAACACCUGGAAUAACACUCAUAUUGCAACUGUUGGCACUGCUAUGUCUUCUCCAGAAAAGCCGGCAUGGGAGAUAUUCAACUCCCUGGAUGUCAAAUAUGUUCUGGUUGUCUUUGGAGGUCUUGUUGGCUACCCGAGUGAUGAUAUUAAUAAGUUCCUUUGGAUGGUUCGAAUUGGAGGAGGUGUGUUUCCACAUAUCAGGGAGCCUGACUACCUUAGGGAUGGCCAAUAUCGAAUCGAUGCACAGGCAACUCCAACAAUGUUGAACUGCCUUAUGUACAAGCUGUCUUAUUACAGGUUUGUAGAAACAGAUGGUAAAGGCUUUGAUAGAGUCAGGAGGACAGAAAUAGGGAAAAAACAUUUCAAACUAACCCAUUUCGAGGAGGUGUUCACUACACAUCAUUGGAUGGUUCGUAUUUACAAAUUGAAACCCCCAAAGAAUAGGAUUCGGGGAAAAUCGAAGAAAUCUAAAUCAAAUUCCAAAACAAGUCCAAGCAAUUCGAAGAGGCACGGUAACUUACGGAAGAACCCCUGGCAGUGAUUUGAAUAAAGCAAAUUGGCCGUCCGGUAUAGUGUAGCUGGCCCUUCCCAUAGACUAUUCUUGCCGUUUUGCUCAUGAACUAUUGGAAGAGUGAGUUGGCAGCUAAUAGCAGCGGAUGCUUGGCAGAGGACUAAAUACAAGACUAUGAUCACACAGUCCCUAUUAUAUCUUUUAUUUAUUUUUUGCCUUGCAUCAUCAGGGGGAGAUAUGAGAUUUUUGAUAGCUUACCAAGAAAGACCCUUUUAGAUUUGUCAUUUGUCAUGUGAUAGUGCUUCAUCUGUGUAACCUCGGAUCGUUUGGCUUGUAACGGUGGAUCCCAACCAGAGAAGAUAGCAGAAAUAACCAUGCUUGCUUGCUGAAUCGUUUUCGGCAACCUGAUAA